CGUGCAACGACACUUUGCUGUACAAAUAUUUAAGAGUUUAUUCAGUCCCCUCAAUAGACAGACCCACUCGAGAUUCAUUGUAGUCAGUAGCGAGAUAUUUUUUUGUCAUAGUCAUUCUUGAAAUGGAUUUCCAGCUGCCGGACGCAGGAUGGACACCAAACCUAUUGAUGUUUGGAUUUGUAAUUUGUUUUGGUAUAGCCCUUCCACUGGGAAUGCAAGUUAGCGUAAUAAAUGCUCCAGCUAAGCAUAUCCAACGGUGGUGUGACGAAGUGCUAUCAACGCGUUUUAAUACAACCCUAACACCAGAUGAAAUGGAAAUACUUUGGGCAUCGGUUGUUACUGCAUCCGUACUGAUGGGAAUGAUUGGCUGUUUUUCCGGUGGAAGCAUAUCGACAAAGCUUGGCAGGAAACGAUUGUUCUUGAUAUCCUGCCUACUCCUUCUUAUAGCAGUACCCUGCUUCCUAUUCUGCAGGAUGGCGUCGUCAAUAGAGCUACUCUAUAUGGGUCGCAUAACCGUGGGUCUAGCUUUGGGACUGGCUCUAACUAGCAUUCCCAUGUAUCUGGCGGAAGUUUCUCCCCUGAAGCAACGCGGUGCUAUGGGAGUAUUGCUUCCCGUGGGAGUGACCGCAGGUGUUGUGCUUGGACAAAUAGUUACUAUGGAGCAACUGCUGGGCAGUGAAAGCCUUUGGCACUAUGGAUUAGGCGUUGGAGGAUUCUUAGGUCUGAUUGGGUUAGUGUUUUACUGCUGGAUGCCUGAGAGUCCAGAAUAUCUGUACAGCAUCAAACACCAACCAGAAGAAGCGCUGAAAGUGGUUCGCAAAUUAUUUGGAAACAAUAGUAUAGAUGAAACCUUCGAGAAACGGAUUAGAUUAGGAAAGCAAACUCUCCAAAAACCGGACACGUUUUCUCUAAAGAAAGUAUUUGUGGACAGCAAAUACAGACUGCCUUUGGCGUUGCUUUUCUUUAUGAAUGCUGGGUGUGGACUAUCAGGCGUUAAUGCGAUCUUUUCGUACUCUGUCUCGACGUUGGAACGGAUUGGGAUAAGUUCCAGCGAUGCAACGCUUAUCAGUAUUGGUUAUGGGUGCAUCAACCUGGCAGCAUCCAGUUGUGGACUUUUUCUGAUGGAUCGCUUCAACCGUAGGCCAAUGAUGCUAAUUUCUUGUAUCGGCUGUGGAAUAACUCUAUUGAUUAAUACAUUAGCUAUUUAUUUCGUGGAUUAUGCAAAUUGGUUUGCAAUGAUUUCAGUAGGAGCCAUCGUAGCUUUCUUAUUGUUCUAUCAAGCUGGAAUUGGGCAGAUACCAUUUUUUAUUGGUGCUGAACUGUUCGAUAUAGGACCGCGUUCAUCUGCGCUUUCUUUGGGAUCUUUUGGUUCCUGGUCAGCGAAUCUCAUCAUGGUAAUGCUGUUUCCCAUUGUACAACAAUUGUGGGGAGCGUUCGCUUUUCUUCCGUCAUCAAUAGUUUGCUUUGCAUUAGCAAUAUUCGUGUACUUUUAUCUUCCGGAGACACGUGCUUCCAAUAUCAGUGAUAUAUCACAACUCAUUUCAAGAGGAUUCAAAUCUAAAAUUCGUUAG